AUGUCUCCCAGCCUGCUGUCGCAUCUCCGUGGUCGUCUGGUGGUCGAUGUCGAUUCUAUGGACCCAGCUGUUGCCUCACGCCACACUGGCACAGACCAACAAUUCUGCGAUAUGACAUCAAACCAGGCCAUCGUCUGCUCCGAGGCAGCAAGAAGAGACAAAGCAAACAUCCUGAAGGCAGCAUGCGACAAUGUCAGAGGCAGUGAAGCCACUUCUGAUACACAAGUCGCAGAUGCACUGGAUCUUUUGAACAUUCUGCUCGCCAAAGAAGUCUAUCCUUACCUCACAGGACGUGUACACGUCCAGACUUCGCCUUCCACGGCGUACGACACGGAGCGGACAGUUGCGCACGCAAAGAAGCUUGUCGCGCUCUUUGAGGCCAAUGGGAUACCCAGUUCUCGCGUCUGCAUCAAAAUCCCUGCAACGCCUGAGUCGAUUGUGGCCUGCCAAUAUCUGGAGAAGAUCGGUAUUCGUACGCUCGCAACCUGUUUAUUUUCGGUUCACCAGGCCGUCGCGGCGUCCCAAGCAGGUUGCCUCUACGUCGCUCCAUAUUUCAAUGAACUUCGUGUGCACUUCGAGCCUGGCCUCUGGAAGGAGUACGAGAAUACUGUGCUAGAACAUCCGAUGGCGCCGAUUAUUGGCGCAAUUGUUCAAACGUUCAAAGGCAUCGGCUCUAACACACUAGUCAUGCCAGCGAGUAUUGUGACAUUAUCGGAGGCUAUCGCGCUUGCUUCGCUGAAUCCUGACCAUCUAACCUUGUCGGCGGCAGUCCUUGAUCAGCUCGCUGCCGCCAAUAGCCCCGAGAACGUACUUGGUGACCCUAAGUCUCAUCAUCCUGAAGUUCAUCUAGCCACCCCUCCUACUUCUACGGGUAGCUCUGAACCCUCUAUCCUUGAAACCAACUUCUUAUCCAAAGGAGCGGAUGCGCUGAGGCAGGCUUUGGCCGCUGACGCGGAGGCACAGCGUAAGCUCGCUGAUGCAUUAAAAAUAUUUGACGAGAUGGAGCAGCAGACGAAAACACUCAUUCGUCAAGAGCUGGGGUUAUGA